AUCAUAACAAAUAUCAAUAACCUUGAUAGCCCUCACAAAUGUAAAUAUUUUAAAGGUCCGUUAUGCAAUAUUUGUUAGGUCAUUUCAUUUACAGAUGAGUUGAUUGAUGGAUUUUUAAGAAAUAAAACUAAUUACCAGAUGAUAUCAAACAAAACAAGCGUUUACCUGUUGGGUCACGUAGUGGUCAUAUAGUCUCUAACAACAAAACAUGGGGAGAAAAGUAGGCAAUUAGGGUAGAAAUAGGAUAGAGAGGAAAAUCUACAGUUUUCCAUCAACUAAUGAUGUUUGGUGUUACUAAAGAAGAUAGAGCAGUCGGGAUGAGCAACCUUCAGAGAGAAAGAAAGUACAAACUACAGAGAAUAACUAAUAGACAAGAACCUGGAGUAAAUAUAGAAAGAGAAAUUGAUGAACGUUUUGGGAAUCAAGAUAUAGAUGUUAGAACAUCUUCUUCCUUGUCAAAUGAUGAUGAGGAGGAGUUGGAGGAUGAUGAGGCUGAGGAGAAGGAAACAACUUUACGAACUGAUGAUGAAAAUUUAGAAGCAAGAGAAAUGGAUGAAUGUAUUGAUGGCGAAGACAGGGAUGUCGAAAUAAAAUCUACACAAAAAAUGAGACGUAAGCGUACUAGGGUUGUCGACAGUAGUGAUAGUGAAAGUGAAAAUAAUAUUUCAAAUAACAAAAGAAACAAAGAUCGAAAUAUUGAAUAUUCUUGUGGUAAAUAUAAUACAAGAGAUAGUGAAAAAUCAGAAGAUUCUUCGUUUGGCAAUCAUGAAAUGGAUGUGAAAACAUCUUUCUCUUUGUCAUCAUCAUCAUCAUCAUCAUCAUCAGAAGAAGAAGAAGAAGAAGAAGAAGAAGAAGAAGAAGAAGAAGAAGAAGAAGAAGAAGAAGAAGAAGAAGAAGAAGAAGAAGAAGAAGAAGAAAAGGGAGAAGAAGAAGAAGAAAACGGAGAAUCUAAUUUACAAACUGAUGAUGAAAAUUCUGACGAUGAAAAGGAAAAUGAAAAAGAACUCAAAGGGGAGAUGUCAAUUUUUAGAUUAAAUGUACAUAAGGUCAACGGGCUUGCUAAUGUAAAGUCAAAAGAACAGUUACUGAAGAAACUUGUCAAAGCAGUAACUGAAAGGAAAUGUGUCACCCAUGAAGCAAUAGAAAAAAAUAAGUGUAAACCUUUUUUAAUUACUUAUUUCUACUACAAAACUGAGAGGGAUAAAAAUUAUACAGCAGAUUCAAUCAAUAGAGAUCGCAAAUUGAAAGACCGUCGAGCGUUUAUGCCUGGUUCCCGGAAACCUGGAAAUAUUCUAACUUAUUAUAGGUUUAAGACUUGCCUGGAAAAUAAAACAUUUCCAGAAGUGUAUUUUCUGUGUAAUGGCGAUGGAUAUCAUGCCAUUCUUCAUUUAUGUGACACUACAUUUAGGGCCAAAAUAGCGAAGAAAUUUAUAGAUGGCAACAAAAUUAAAGAAAUCGAGACUAUUAACAUCGCUGGACCUGAUGUUACUACACAAGUUACAUAUAAAAGCAAUUUCAACAUCGAAUGUCAUUCCGAAUCAUUUCUGGAAAAAGUUGUGAAUUCUCUGGCAGGCUAUAUAAAGACAGAAACAGAUCUUCAUAAACUAACCCAGUCAAAAGAUGGACAAGACGUAUUAAUGAAAAUAGGCUUGAAUUUUGUCAGAGUGUGUAAACAAAUGACAUACGGUACUUAUGCAAACAUCCUUGAUAUAUUUUCUAGGCAAAUAGAGUUAGAUUCAAAUGAGAACCAUGCAUAUUUUUUGGAAGCUUUAGACUAUGUACAACGUGUAUCCAAUCAAACAGAAGCCGGGAAAUUAAACAAACGCUUCGAUAAGGAAAUUGUAAAUAUGAUAGCAGAAGAAACGUUGUCUGACCGAUAUUAUUUAAGUCAUCGAUUUGCAAGAGAUUGGGAAAUAGCCUCUAAGGUUACUUUAAAUGAACAAUUUUAUGAUAGUUCUGUUAAGGAUGAUCCCGAGGAUUGUGAAGGAAUGUUUGAAAUAGAGUCAUGGAACAGUGCGCCGACUCUUCAGAUGGUAACGCAAGCUCUUUACCGACACUUUCCAUAUAUCAGUAAAUUUACAGAAGCUUUGCGUCUAAAAAGAAUAAAGCUGAAAUUCUUUAGUCAAAAUUGGCGGAAACAGGAACAUAAUUUGCAGGAUUUUGUACAUGGUUAUAUUGCUGAUAAAAAUGAAAAAUACUAUAAAAUUGCUCAAAAAUGGUUUUUCCUAUCAGGGAAGUAUAGUCAAAUUAUAGACAAGAAUUUUCAAAGAUUCUUAAAAUUUCAUCCCCUAAUGGAAUUUAAUAUCAACAAUCAGUACAAAGGAUCAGAAAUUCUGGUAUUUCCAUGGUGUUUGUCUAAUGAAAUAGCCCACUUUGAACUAACUGAUAUGGCAACUUUAUUGGCCAUAGAUAAAGAAAGUGCCAAAAAAAUUGCCGACAUUCUUUGUUGUUCUUUGACAGCUGUUGACAGUAAUUGUUUUCAACUGACUCAAGGCAGUUGUCUCUUGCCCUAUUCAUCACCUUUUCAUGAAAAACUUAGCAGAGAGAUGAAAAAUCUCCUAGGAAAAAGAAAAAGAAAAACUAUGUCUACACCGGAAGAUGCUGAAUCUACUGCAAUUUCCAGUAUUCUUUUUCAGCUGUAUAACCAAGAAGAGAUACCUGGAAAUUUAAAAAAUAUUCUAACAGAAAAAAUCAUAUGUUGUGAACGUGUGAAUGGACUGGAAGAAUCUUUCAAUAUCAUAAAUCCAGUCAUCACAAAGGAAAUGUUACUGAUGAUUAAAAAUUUGGACUCGAACUUGAGAGUAGGAAAGUUACUGAACUUCUUACGAAGUAGAUGUCAUUUGAGAGAGGAGGAAUACAAUGAACUAUACCUUUAUUGCGAACAGUUUUCUAAACUUGGAUUGACGUAUAUACCUGGAGAUAGAAUACUAUGUAAUGAUAUAAAACUAUUUGAUGUUUUAGCUUUUGAUGAAAUCAAUUCACAGACUUUUCUGUUUCAUGUUAAAAAAGAUCUUGAACACCAAACUAGGGAGGCAUGUACACAGAUACGAAAUGCAGCUGAAUUGUUAUGGCAUGAUUUUAUUAGGAACCAGGAUAAUUACGUGCAGUUAUUCUGGGAAAAGGCUUCCAAUUCAUCAACUAGCGGCAACCCAUCUUUGAUAUUUUUAAAAGAAAAAAUGAACAAAAUUGGCAAAGAUAAAUAUAUGCGAAUGUUUUCCGAAGAUGUAAAAAUUAUUUUUGUGUUUGCGUUCAUGACACUUAGUGGACAAAAUAAGAAAGAGAUGACUGUCAGAAAGGCAAUGACAGAAAAAGAUUUCAUCGAUAAUGACUUUCCAGUCGGUGUUUUCCAAUAUUUAAAAGAAAAAACUAUAUUGGAAGAUAAUGGUUGUAUAUCUGAAAGUUUUAUUAGAAUGACAUCGCAACAAUUUGAACAUUUUGACAUGAACAUACUAAAUGUUGAUAAAGAAACAGCUCAAAAGCUUUACAGUUUCUUGUUAGAACAAACAACAUACAACUUAUCAACUACUACAAAACUAGAGCUGCUAACACUUGAUUGUAAUUUUUCACGAUAUCAGAUGGGAGGAACGAGACAUUUUGAUCUUAAGAUAAUGCAAAUACCAUCAAAAUAGAAAAGAAA